CCGCUGACAGUGCUGUAGUUAGGAAGUAUGUAUUGAUUUUUAUCUCGUCCCUUUUCGAGUUUUCCGCACGCUCUUCUGUAUAGUAAAAUAUUGAAAUCUUAUUAUUUUCCCAGAUUCAAGAUUAUUUUGGUUUUUAGUUAGCUUAGCUAUUCCAGUGUCUGUUGUCACUGCCGUUACUUAAUGAUGUGUUUAUGAGGCUUAAUCGUCGUUGGCUGGUCUUUAUAUCCAUUUUGUGUUUCCAUACUGUAAAUAAUGACUAAGGACAGGCUAGCGGCUCUGAAAGCGGCUCAAAGCGAUGAUGAAGAAGGUGGAGCCGAUGAUGUGGCUGUUAAUAUUGAUGGGCGUCAAGAUGGAUCCGGGGCCGCAUUCAUGGAUAAAUUUUUUGAGGAGGUGGAAGGCAUCCGAGGAAUGAUCGAUAAGAUACAAGCAAAUGUGGAAGAAGUGAAGAAAAAACACAGUGCCAUUUUAUCGGCUCCUCAGACUGACGAAAAGGUGAAACAAGAAUUAGAAGAUCUUAUGGUGGAUAUUAAAAAAACCGCUAAUAGAGUUCGUGCCAAACUCAAAGAAAUUGAACAGAAUAUUGAAGCGGAAGAGCAAUCGAACAAAUCAUCAGCUGACUUAAGGAUACGUAAAACGCAACAUUCAACUUUGUCGCGUAAAUUUGUGGAAGUAAUGACUGAAUAUAACCGCACACAAACCGAUUAUAGAGAGCGGUGUAAAGGUCGCAUUCAGAGACAGUUAGAAAUAACUGGUAGAACAACAACUAACGAAGAACUUGAAGAAAUGUUAGAACAAGGAAAUCCAGCUGUAUUUACUCAGGGCAUAAUAAUGGAAACGCAACAAGCUCGGCAAACAUUAGCCGAUAUUGAAGCUAGACAUGCUGAUAUUAUUAAGCUUGAAAAUUCUAUACGGGAACUCCACGACAUGUUUAUGGAUAUGGCAAUGUUGGUUGAAAAUCAGGGCGAACUUGUUGAUAGGAUAGAAUACCAUGUUUCGUUCACCGUUGAAAAGGUGGCUGAUGGGAAAAAGGAGUUAGACGUAGCUCAAGAAUAUCAUAAAGAAGCUCAAAAAAAGAAAAUCAUGAUCCUGAUAUGUUUGACAAUUCUGAUUGUUAUUCUUGGAGGAUUUAUAAUGAGUUUCCUUCCAAAGUUUCCUUAAGAUAAAUCUAUAUGGACACAAUGCGAUGCAUAGGUGAACAGGAAAUAAUGUCAAUUUUAAAUAAAAAAAACCUAGCUGUUUUGUUCUACUUAAGUAUUAUUGGUCUGUAAAUGCUAUAGAGGAACUAAUUUAUUGUAUGUACUUACAUUUAUUUUCAGAAUGGUUUUAUUUUUAAUAUUAAGUAUAGUGACCCCCAAAUAGUUGUAACUAUGUUAAAGUGCCUUGAAAUAUAUGGUUUUCAAAUACCAACAUUAAUUUAGAAAUGGUAUGCUUAACAAUUGUAGAACAUUCAUAUAAUUAAUAAUUAUUUAUUAUGUAUUACAACUCUUAAGUUACAACUUAUUAAUUAAAAUAAUUCUAAAUUUCUUUAAGUUCCCUGAUAAUAAAUUUGGUUUUCUUAAAAUCAUUAUGUACGAUCAUUUACAAAUGUAAUAGAUCUAAAACAUUUACUUCACCUAAUUUGUCAUUUUUUUAAAAUUAUAUUUUUAGUAGAUCUCACUAAACUGAUGUUUUGAUCAUCGUUAAUUAAAAAUCGCUCAACAAUUGUGUAUAAUUCAUUACUGGUAAAAUUCAUCUUCAUCGUUAUUUUUUUUUCAUAUAAAUAACCCAGAGAUCUAGAAUUGUCUUAGACAAAAUUUACAUUUCACUCUUAAACUACAAAAUGUUAUUAUAAUAACUUUUUUUCUACAUGGCAAAGUCUUCCAUAAAGUAAAAAAAAAAACGUUCUUUCUAAUUUAUUUGUUUAUGAACUAUUAUAAGAAAUAGUGGAUUGAAACGUGUUCAUUUCAAAAUUUACAUUUUUCUCUUGAACUAGUUUCAUUUACCAGGCCAGUAUGAUAAUAUGUUUUUUAGAAUAGAAAAAGUGUGAAAUAGCCAUAUAGAAAAACGUAUCAUUUUACUGAUAUAAAUAUGAGCAAUACAGUAAAAUUGUUGAGGGAACGCAUUCCAAACCACUGCACUAAAAAAUAAGCAUAAAGCAUUUUAUUCACUAAAACAUUCUUAAGUUCUAAAAAAAAAAAAUAAUUAUUUAGAAAUGAUGAUUUUUUGUUUUUUUUAUUUAUUGUGAAGUGAAAGAUGAAAAUUAUGUUUAAAAAACUGAUGUAAGUUUAAAUUGUGUAGAGUGAAAUGAAAAUUUGUAAGAAAGUAAACUCGGACCCUCAAAAUAAACAUUUAUCAAUACAAAAAAAAAACAAUAUAA